CCAACACCCAAGUGGCCCAAGUGGCCCAACACCAUGCAUGUCCACUUACACAGUAGUAGAGGUCCAAUCCUCGCGCAGGGGUGACGAUGUCCUGGCCGUCUGUUGCAUGCGAGGCUGUUCCUACACUACCGUUGUUCUCUGCACACAUACCUACAUAGAUCCCUACUUACGCUACUAAAACCACCGCCCCUGCCCACCACUCCACCAAGACCAAAUGUGUUACCCGACUACGCUGCCCGCCACCCAACCUUCUCGUCAUUCUUUUUGUCGGUGCCGUCCACCACCCAGCCAGUUCCGCCCAACUCCACGCUAAACAAUUCGCUCCUGCGAGAACUGAUCAACGCCUCUGCCAUAUACGCCUCACGCUCGUCAAUGCCUGCCACCUCGUAACCCUCACAGGCGCGCGGCAGAUGGACCACAGUUCAGAGCCUCGCGAUGGAGACGCUCAAUCCGUCUUUGGCGACUACGAUGGCCCGGUGACCCAGAUCAGGAUGGUGCCGCCGUCCUCCUCGAGCGGCUCAUCAGCCCGGCGACUGCAUUCUCGAUCGACCGGCCAGGGAACCAGCCAUGGCGCCGACGACCCACAGCUGGACCCCCCGCCGUCGCGGAGGGGAAGGAAGGGCAUGACCAUACAUUGGCCCUUCCAGAGCAUCGCCACAGACAACAUGUCCAUAUUCACCGCCAACGCCCCGGAGCUGUUCCGCCGCGCCACCGUCCAGGUGCCCAAGACCGGCAGCGACGGCUCCCGCAGCCAGCGCGACAGCACGCUCAUCCCGGACUACGUUGUCAAUUACAUCCGGGGUGAGACGCCCGAGACGGUCGCGAGGCGCAAGCGCAACGGAGGCAACCAGGGCGCGCGCAACAUCGAUAUCGUCCACCAGCACCGACCGCAGCAGUCACACAUGGUCCUGCUCGAGGGCGUGCAGGAGACCAGGGCUCGCAGGGCUCACGACGCAAUGUCCCAGACAACCGCCUCCUCCACUAUGACCGAGCUGCAGAUGAUCCUGCCCUCCACCAAUGAGAAGCCCAGGAAGAGGAGGAGGUUAUUGACUGGAUGGAGGCUGGGCGUCGUCCUCAACGCCGUCCUGGCUUUUGUGAUCCUGGUCAUAAGUUUCGUGUGCCUGGUAUACGCUGGCUCGUCGAUCGCCAUAUUGGUCGGAGAUAUGGACCUGUUCACGGGGUCUUGUGCGGACGUCACCUCCCUCGACUGGCGCCUGCACGCGCUGAUCAAUGUCUUGGUGGUAAUCUUGGUUGUCGGCGCCAACUACGUCUUCCAGGCCCUGAGCAGCCCAACGCGGUCAGAGAUAGGGCGGGCGCAUGAGGGGAAGCAGUGGCUGGAGAUCGGUGUUCCGUCGCUGCGCAACUUCAGGCACAUUGGAAAGGGGAGGGUCAUAUUGGCCAGCAUCCUGCUGACCGUGGCUGUUUUGACCCAAGUAAUAUAUAAUUCCGUAAUAUUCACCACACAAGCCGGGCUGAGCUACAACCUUGUCGCUGUCACCCCGUCUUUCCUCACCGGCUCCUCAUUCAGCAAUGGGACCGAUAACAAUGCUGGCGGUCUCAGCCGCAACGAACUGCUCGCGCUCCAGAACCUCGCCGGCCGGAACGAACUCACAAAUCUCACCUCGAGCCAGUGUGUCGAUCUCUUCAGCGGCGUGUUCAAUACUGAUUUCCAGAACGUCCUCCUCGUGGUCAAUAGCCCCAGCUCGGGCAACACCCUCGUCGAGACCGCCCAGGCGGGCAUCAACCUUCAGACCGGCAACAACAUGUCGACCACCAUCUCAAACGCUGAGAUCUUCUUCGAUGGGGCUGUGGUCCAGUUUUGUCUGGCACAGAGGAGCGAUGCGACCCAGGAGACGUGCACGCUGCAGCUCAAUGGUAUACUCCUGGUCGUUGUCGUCGGGCUAAACCUGAUCACCCUGAUCGCUACCGCCGCGAACCUUCUCCUGCGCCGCUUCGAGCCACUGGUCACACUCGGGGACGCCAUCUCCUCCUUCCUUCGCGACCCGGACCCGUCGACGCGCAAGAAUUGUCUCUUGUCCAAGAAGAACCUUCGCACCGGCAUGGGAGGCUGGGGCUUUACGGACGGCAAGUACUGGGCGCCGGAGCGCGACCACUUCUGGUUCCGGUCGCCCUCGCUGCCCAACUGGCUGGGCGUAGCCUUCUGGUGGCUCGCAUGCGUGGUCUUUGCCGCCGGCGUCCUGGCGCUCACUGUCGCCUCCCAACCGUCGUCGCACCCGCUGUCACCCUUUGGCGUCGCCAGCCCUCAUUCGACAUACCUCCUUCCUACCGCGGCGGCGGCCUCCAUCCCUGCCGGAUCGCUCGCCAUCGUCACUUCCCUACCACAGAUCCUGAUCGCCGGUCUGUACUUCGCCGCCAACGCCCUCUUGACCGCCUACUUCCUCUCGCGCGAGAGCAGCCUCCACGCCAUACUGGCACAGAACGCACGCCGAGCCCUGCGUGUCUCAUCCGACCCCGAGGGCCACCAGACCACCAGCCUCUACAUGACGCUGCCCCGACCUGUGAGCUGGGGCCUGGUCGUCUACUUCGCCGCGAUGGGCUUUGUAAUGAGCCAGGCAUGCUUUGUCGUCUCCUUGACGUCGAGCGACUCGCCCGAUCCUUCCGACCCGGACGCCUCGCCGCAGCACCUUCUUGGCGUGGGCUUCAGCGGUGUCGCCCUCGCCAUCCUGCUGGCGAUGCUCAUAGUCCUGUUCCUCGCGCUCAUGGGGCCCGGUUUCCUCCGCGCCCCAGCUGUGACCAUGGCUGACGGCCGCACUGUCGGCAACCCACUCGUCUUUGAGGGCGGGUCCUGCAGCGCCGUCAUUAGCGCCCGCUGCCACCGCGUGCCCCACGAGAUCGACGUCUACCGGCAGCCCGUUGCGUGGGGAGUUGUCCCCGAGACGCCGGGCGCCACCGUCAGCCACGCCACCUACUCAGCGCGGCCCCUCGGCGAGCUGGACGCUACCCGGCGCUACGCAUGAUCUCCUCGCACCUUACGUCGUAGGGGUGUCGGUUCUUUUACUACUUAUUUUUGGAUGAUACUUUUGAAUUUCCCCUCUUGCUUGUUAGGGCCAAAUUCCCUUCGAUUGUCAAUAUUUUACUUUCUUCCCCUAUCCGAAUCGCAGACGCUAUUCCUGGGAGUGAUAUACCACAAAAAAAGAAAUAGCCUAACCAGCAGCGCGGUCUGCUUCUCUGUUCUGGGAGUAAAGAGCAGCUGCAGGAAGAGUUGUGCACUUUUUGACUGUUUGUCAUGGGCGGAAGGAACCAUAACGGUUUGCAUAUUGAUGGGCUUUGGAGUUUUACACGGGAACGGAUGAUACCAGCUGGGCUUGCGAUGAUUA